UCUACCAAUUUUUUUUAAUCUAAUGCAAAAUUUAACGAACAACAUAAUCCAAGAAUAGUAAAUUCUUCAAAAUAAAGUCAUUUCAACAGCAUUUUCACUCAGCUGCAUACGUUUUUUAGUUUCGUCUAUGCAAUAAUUCCAAAAUCUACUGAAAAGCUUAAGCAAUUCUACCGAAAAUAGAUCGAUUACAUCAGGCAACACUGCAUGACUGCAUCUGUCAGUUCAAAUUUUUUGGUUAGGUUUGUGGGUUAGAUGUUAGGUGUUGCGAUUGUCAAGAGUUUAUGAGAAGAGAUCACGAAGGGAAGAAAAAGAAAACGCAGACAGCAGCUAUCCAAAUAUCAAAUAACAACUUCAUAGCCUUCAGUUUGUAAUAAAUAUGUUACAGUCAAUUCGCAACUUCAUCAGCUAUUGGUACUUCAGGUAUUUAUUGGUUACCGAGCUUUACAUGGUAGAAAAAUGGGAGAGGACGAUGUUUCAUAUUGUCUUGUUCAUAGUAUUAUCAGUACUCUACAUUUUCAACACAACGAUAAUGCUGAGUCUGGUUAAAUUGUUGACAAGCAACCUGUUUCAUGGAGGUGAUACACUACAACGUGAUAAACUGGUGCCUGUUAUGCAAAAUUCCGAACUGUGAUGAUAACUUAGGGCCUAUUUAUGCACCUGAUUUGUGCCAACAAUGUCAGUGAACAAUGUUUGACAUACUAGUGUCAUGUUGAUCACAUUUAGAGAAUAAGACAACUAUAUAUCAAGCACUGUUGAAGAACAUUGUAGCUCUUCAGGAACCUCCUGCAUCCAUGGCCCUCUUUUUAUACCUAAAGAUAAGUUUUUUUUCGUCAUCAGAAUGCAUUGUCUCCCAGUAAAAAGCC